ACCCCACAUGAUAGCUACGUUACUACAACAAAACGCGCGAAAAUCUGAAAUUUGUAAACAUUCAUCCUAAUUUAUUAUUUUUCACUAUUUCUCGUAAAAAAGUAAAUUUUGGUGGCAAUUUUAUCACUGGUUCUUCAAAAGAAUGGACGAAGACAGGACCAAAGUGCUAAAAAUACAAAAGAUUGUAAAAUAUUUGCAAGGAAACGAAUGUGUUCUGAAAUCGCAACGAAUACGUUCAGAUUUGUCGCAAUUCGUGAAAACAUUACGAUCACUUGCUUGUGAGGUGGGGUUGUCUCAGGAUGACAUUUUCACAGUUGCAGAUUUAGCUUCAUCUGGAAAAUUUGGUGAAGUAAUUUGCAACAGCUUGAUCCGAAGUUUAAUUCCUCGUGAAAGCGUUCCACAAGAUGCGGUGCUUCUACUCGUUUCAAGGAUUGGACAAAAUCAUGUUUCUAUUAAGCUCAAACAACUCAUUCUUCGCUGGGUAGUUUUAGUUUUCGAUAUAAUUGCACAGAAGAAUUCGAUCCAUGCCAUAUAUGGUAUUAUAUUCCAGUACAUCGACAGUGAGAUAUUGUGUCCUAUUGUUUGCCAACUAUUGUCAUUGCUGACGAGAAAAUAUGAUGUUUUGCAUUUCCGGAUUCGCAAGCUUCUGUCGCUGCAGAGUAAGAUUGGUGGCCAACCGUAUUUAUGUGGCUUGCUGUCUGUGUACAGAAUGUACCAGCCCUCACUUAUAUCAAUGGCUGGCAGACAUAAUGUUUUCUUCAAGAAUUACGAUAAGUCUUGGAGUUUAAGCAUAAGUGGAGUACAACAGAGAUAUGGGUUGCAUAUGCUCAAUGAAACAAUGUCAUAUAAUGCAUCACAUUUACCGCAGACAAACAAACACACCCCCCUAAUCACCCCUCCCACCCCCACUAUGUGCCACGAUGACCAGCCCCUCACACAAGUCAUGUCAGGCAAAAUACCUUUCUACAGAAUCAAAUCAUUUGCAGAGUUAUUAAACAACUUUAACAACCUCGAGCUAACCUGCCAAGCUCAUUCCCUGCUAUCUUCCACCACCCUUCAACACCUACUAGCCAUCACACAUGAUCGUACAAUACCUGCAAGACUGACCUUCUGGCUGCACCAUAGGCUCUGUGAAGAGUUGGUAACAGUAGCUGGGGAAACGGCAAGGGGGUUGGAGCUGAUCAAAUGCGUUGUGGAGUUUAGUGGGUUUAUACAAGAGUGUCUCCCUGUGUGUGAAGCAUUCAUAUUUAGAUACCUUUACACAUGGGAUGGCCAAAGUUAUCGACCUUAUAUUCUUAAAUUAAUCACAAGGUUACGUCUCCUGCCUACUUCAGUUUUAAAAGAUUUUGUCUUUGCCCCACUGAGAAAAUUGUUCAACUUAUCGUCAGACGUGUUUUUUAAGUGUUCAAUAAUAAGCAUCCUGCAAGAGUUGCUAAGCAACUACCUUAAUCUGGAAUCAGAUCGUUAUGAUGUCAUAAUGAACAUGCAAGAUGACAAUGCAGCAAUGGAUAAGUUAGCCAGCUACAUGUUCCAACCAAUAAACGUGGGUAAAAUAAACCCAAACGCAACAAUCUUUCAACUUAUCAAGUUUGUUGAUUUCAUUUCCUUGGAGGGAUUGAUUGAAACCAAAUGCAAUGCUAUGUUGAUGCAUUCAGUUUUGCAGUUCUAUGUUAAGACGAGCCGUAUAUACAGCGACCACGAGAGGGAGCUAUUCACCCUACCACCUUCCCCCGUCGUCUCACUCGCCUUAUUUUCACUCAGUCCCAUGUUCGUUUCAACUAUGUUCGGUAUUCUGUUAAAUCACACACAAGCAUUGAAUAAGUUGGGGAAGUCCAACCACAGAGAACAUUACCAUUAUAUGUUGGAACUUAACAGCUACCUCACUGAUGUGCACGACACUUUCUGGAGAUGGAAUGCAUUCCACCCACAUUGCCAUGAAGAUAGUUCAAUAUAUAAACAUAUACAUGUUGAUAACAUUGGUCAGGUACUUACAUAUCCUGAUGUUAUAACUGCAAGGAGAAUGUUUACAAUUGAAAGGCACCCAGCGUUGACAGUGCACGCCACUAAAUACUUACAACUUCUAAACCGGGAUCCCGAAGAAAUGUUUGAAAAUGAGCUGGUAACAGAGCCACCAUUCAUAGAAUAUUUGGAAACAAAAGGAUUGACUAAACUCACUACACUUAUCAAGUUUCUACGAAGGGGAAUACCAGAGUCUAAAACCCCUUGAAAUUCAGACAUAUUAUGCACAAAGUAUUUUGUGUUGGCAAAUUUGUUUAUCAGGGAAUUAUGUUUAAAUAUUUUACCAACUCAAAAUGUGAAGUUAUAUUCUAUAUGGGUGAGGUCCUACAAUGAGGCACGCCAUGGAACAUAAAAUAUCAGGCAAAGUUGGCUCAUCACUCCAAUUAUUGCAUUACUAAUAUCAAUGUUCCUAGCAUUAUACUUAAUUGUGGAAUGUGAACUAUGUUGUCAAUGUCAGCUACAAGUGUUAGUUAGGUGCAUGCAGUGGCGCAGCCAGGGGGGUUUCGGGGGUCACAACCCCCCCUCUUUUUUAAAAAAUAAAAUUUAUAAAAUAAAUAAAUGUUCUGGCUGUACCAUUGGUGCAUGUAACCAAUGCAACAUAUAUUCACAAGUUUAAUAAAUAUUUUGAUUAUAGAAA